AUGUCUUGGAGAGGAAAGGUAUCAAAGAACAUUCAUCAAGUCGUGUUUUACUUUUGCAACAAGAAUACCCAAAGCAAGGGUGUUAGAGAUUUUUUAACAACAAAUUAUAGUGAUAUUAAAGCUUUGAACCCAUCUACUGGUUUGCUCAUCAGAGAAACUCCCGAUGCCGAACCAUUCAUGAUGAUCGAACGUCAUUAUGGUGCCAGAGAAAAGAAGGAUUUGAAGGAUUUAUCACAAAACGAUAUUGAAAAUAUUUUAAAGGAAGUGACGUUGGAAGCUGAAAAGCCAAAGGACACUAGACCUGUACAUGAAAAGAUUGCUGAUGUUGUUACUGAAGAAUUUGUUCGUUUCCAUCCAGAAAUGCCAUACAGAUUGUAA